GUUGAUGGGAGUUUUGCUUUGGUGUGAAUCAGAGUCAAAUUGCAGCAGACGUCACAGAAACUCCUUCACUACACGAUACUUAACGGGACAAAGAGCGGAUGAGACCCGGCUCUCGUCUGAUUUGGCUUCAUCGUUCCAGAGGAUAACGGAAAUAAAACAGAGAUCUUAGAAAUGUUUUCUCUGGAUUGAAGAGAGGAGCACAAACGCACGCGAGCAGAGCAUUCUUCGGGUUGCCCUCUCAACAGGAAACUCGCCAUUUAACGUCGAAUAGUUGGAUUUUUUUUGUGCAUCUGUUUUAUUCAAACGUCGAUUGAGAUUACAUAUCUGACAACCCAGCUAUAGGCGGACUGUUAAGUGUAAAGUGUAAACAAAAUACAUAUUUCUGAAGGAAAGUGAACGGCGUUCGGUGCACGCGCCGUCCAUCGGAGAAUGACACGCGCGGCGUUUGGCGUUUAACUGAAUAUUAAUUAUAUUUUAGUUGAUUUACGGGUUUUAAACAGUCAUGAUGUUCGCAGGAAUGAUCAGGGUGGAAAACAACUCAAUAAUCCACAAAACUGCCACCGACUCCAGGUGUCACCAUUGCGCUGUGAGGACAGGUGGUGUGAGUCCGCUGGCGGCAGCGGGAUGCCAUCGCAGGAGGAGCUUCAGACGCCCGGGAUACAUGCGUUUAGAGCCGCUUAACCAGUCAUGUGACUCUGAACACGUUUCUGGCUCGCCUUUUACUGAGAACAAUCAAAAGAGAGCUUUUAAAUUACCCAGCAGCCCCAGUGAGCGAUGGCUUAGACAGGUCCUCAAGAGAGACGAUGGUCAGGAUUCUUCCCAAACUCACCGUUUGCGUGACGCUAAGGAAAAUUCCCCAAUGCCAUUGCGCAACGAUUUUAAUUCCAGUUUCAGUUUCAUUCAGCAGUCGCUAGAAACUAGAGAUCUGUUAGAUGCAAGCACAAACAAAUCUGUGAGCAAACCAUCUGAAUGGGACAGAAUGAAGUCUGAAACGUCACACUCUGCUGCUUUAGAACCUCACACUGCUUUAGUAGUACAUCACUUGAGCCAAUCAGAGAUCAGCACUGUUCCGACUAGACAAUUAGAGAUCAGCAAUGUUCCGACUAGCCAAUCAGAGAUCAACACUAUUAGCACUGUUUCCACUAGCCAAUCAGAGAUUAGCACUGUUCCGACUAGCCAAUCAGAGAUCAGCACUGUUCCGACUAGCCAAUCAGAGAUCAGCACUGUUCCGACUAGCCAAUUAGAGAUUAGCACUGUUCCGACUAGCCAAUCAGAGAUUAGCACUGUUCCGACUAGCCAAUCAGAGAUCAGCACUGUUCCGACUAGCCAAUUAGAGAUUAGCACUGUUCCGACUAGCCAAUCAGAGAUUAGCACUGUUCCGACUAGCCAAUCAGAGAUCAGCACUGUUCCGACUAGCCAAUUAGAGAUUAGCACUGUUCCGACUAGCCAAUCAGAGAUUAGCACUGUUCCGACUAGCCAAUCAGAGAUCAGCACUGUUCCGACUAGCCAAUUAGAGAUUAGCACUGUUCCGACUAGCCAAUUAGAGAUUAGCACUGUUCCGACUAGCCAAUCAGAGAUUAGCACUGUUCCGACUAGCCAAUCAGAACACGAGGUUUUCUCUCUAAGCAAUUCACCUUGGUCCAUUGGUCAGCAAAAAAGUAUUUUAUUGGCCCGAGAGCUGUGGCUAGCAGACCUGGAUGUACAGAUUUCGUCCUCCAUGACGUCUUAUGCGAAAGAAAGCGUCCAGGACUCUGACUCUGGCUCUCUGGACACUGAAGUCACAUCUUCGUUCUCCAUUGACUCGUCAGACUCGACCUCGGCCUCCUCGGUCACAUCCGGCUACGACAGCACCACCCCGUCCUCGGAUCAGAGUCGAGACGCUCUGAUAAAGAAGUACGAAGAUGUUCUGCAAGACUGUCUGCAGAACAAUCGCACAAACACCAAGAUCGAGUCCGUGAUGAUGAAGCUCCAGAGACUACAGCACAAAGCGGUUCUGGAUGAUGAUUAUGACACAGCAGAGCGUUUUGGUAAGAAGCUAGAGGAACUGAGGAGAGAGCGAGCGACGCUGAAGCCUGGUUUACCAUCCAGACAUCCCGAAGUCACUGGAUUUCUGGAGCGUCUCAGAGCGGCCGUUCACAGGACAGACUGCAGGCGAAAUGGUGAGCCGAGUCCCGAUCAGGGAUCAAGCAGCUCUCAGAGCCGGUUUCCAACACGAGAGAAACUGUUAGAGGAAAAACACAGGAUUCAGAAGGAGAUGUGUGAUCUCCAGCGCAGGCUUCAGGAGCUGCAGGAGCGGAGCAGAGCUGUGGAGGAGCAGCUGGAGCCCGUCCUCGGUGGCUGGGAUCCGGCUCAGCUGCGGCUGAUGGCUCGAGCGCUGGAGGACAUGAUCAGCUCUGAAAACCGCGCUCAGAUCAGUGCGUCUCCACCCGCAGAGAUCAUCAGACUUCAAGAGCAAGAGCGAGCACUGAGAUCAUCCAUCAAAGAGGCAACGGCUAAAGGGGUGAUGAGUCCGAGACUGUGCUGUAGUGUGCACCGGAGGGUCAGCGAGACUGAAACCCAGCUGCUGGCGCUUCAUGAGGCCAAGCUCGUUGCCCUCUCAGGAAAUGACUUUAGCAGCGCGAAGGAACUGAAGGCAGAAAUCAGGAGCGCAUACGACGAGAGAGAUCGUCUGGAGGGACUGGAGAGGAAGCUGAAGACUCUGAGCACAGGAAGUGGACGGGAUCUGAGCCACAUGAAGGAGCAACACAACCAGAUCAAAGUGGAGCUGCAGGAGAGAGAAGCCCAGUACAAGCGCAGUUUAAAGGAAAACACUCUGAAGUAUAUUGAGCUUCUGGAGGACAGACUUCACAGCUGUGGAAGUGCAGCACUGGAGCACAUUUGGGAGGCUGAUUUGGAGGCUUGUCAUCUCCUCCUGAAAGGCCUCGAUCAGCGCACCUCCAGCAUCUCAGAAUUGGAGGAUCUUCCCUUCAUCCCUGGAUCGGGUUCAGAUGUCCUGCCAUUCACUAAAGAGGAAGCGGACUGCGCCAUGUUGACCGCUCUAGGGGGGCGCUGGUGCCCCGAGGCUGACCUCCAACACUCAGAGUUCACUAAGAAAUUAGAGGAGUUUCUCUUCUGUUUGGAGGAUGCGUCUCCUGAGGAUCUGUGUGAAGAGACGACAGAGCUGGCGGAGCGCUGUGAGUUCAUCAGUGAGCGACUGCAUUACCUGGAAGAGCAGCUUCAGACCGCCAUAGAGCAGCACGACGAGGACCUCACUCAUAUCCUUACAGAGCUCUGUGUGUCCGCAUGCACUGUUCAUUAGAUCAUUCACUCAUGUUUAGUGGUAGUCAUUUGUUCAAAUCACAAACUAUUUUGACUUAGUCAUAGCAACCACUCAGAACACCCAAGGCACCACCCUAACGCCCUAGAAACUACCCAAAACAUCUUAGCAACACUAUAGCAACCAUCCCAAUAACCCUAGCAAUGCAACAUGCUAGAUACCACCCGGGGCGCCUUAGCAACCAUCUAGAACCAUCCAGAACAUUCUAGCAACACCCUAGCAAUGCCCUAGCAACCACCACAGUAUAGCAAUGCCUUGGAAACCACCUAGAACACCUUAGCAACCAUCCAGAUCACCCUUGCGAUGCAACACCCUAGAAACCACCCAGAGUGUCUUAGCAACCACCCAGAACAACCUAGCAACGCCCUAGCAACCAUCCAGAUCACCCUUGCGAUGCAGCACCGUAGAAACCACCCAGAGUGUCUUAGCAACCACCCAGAAUGUCUUAGCAACCACCCAG